GGCUACUGACAUUUGGCAAACCGAGCAGGCAGGGCGAUGUUUUGGAGUUCGAAACUGGUGGAUGAAAGGGGGAAGGAAUAAUUGAGUAUGAGAUUGUGAGAGGUUAGGUCUUGAAUUUGGGAUUUUAGGGUUUAAAUGGGUAGGGUUUUUCUCGUUGAAUUGGAAGGCAGGUCUUAUAGCUGCCGCUACUGCAAUAACAACGUUGCUCUUGCCGAUGACAUCCUCUCUCGGACUUUCAAUUGCAGCCAAGGGAGGGCGUUCCUUUUCAACAGUGUAGUGAAUGUAACAUCUGGACCUAAGGAGGAGAGGUUGAUGCUUUCUGGUAUGCACACCGUGGAGGAUAUCUUUUGUUGCUGUUGCGGAGAACUUCUUGGAUGGAAAUAUGUAACUACACACGACAAAUAUCAAAAGUACAAGGAAGGGAAGUUUGUUCUUGAGAGAUGGAGAAUAGUUGAGGAGAUGAUGGAAGACUUAAAUGGAGAGGCUUAUCCUAGUUCAAGCGAUAUGGAUAAUCCUUAGUGAGUUUCUGCCAUAUUUCUCAGAAUAAGGAAAUUGAAGCAUACAUGUCAAAGUGUUGUAUGACCAUAAUCUAUGAUAUCAUAAGCUUUUUAUGUGGAGUCGACGUGUCUUGAAUGCUCGAUUCUCCCCUCUUUUAACCCCUUUUUACAUGGUAAAAGCCUUCUGGUUCUGAUAUAUUUGUAAAGUUGAAUUGCAAGUUUAUUAAAAGGUAUCGUCUAUGCUGAGAAACGAGUUUCACAAUCCCGUUCGUAACAGUUUUACGUGAACUCGUAUUAGUUCGGUCUGAA